AAACCCUAAUACAAACAUAUUGCGUGAAAAUAGGAUUAUCUGUAUACGCUAGGGGAGAGCAAAUGUCGACGGAGGAGCAGAAAAUCUCCGAUGAAACCCCGCCGACGCAAGAAGUUCAGUCUCUCACCAUCAAUGCCCAGGCUCUAAGAUUCCCUACUCUGUCGUUGACUGAUGAGGAGAGAGAGAGAGGAGAGCGCAGAUAUGCUCUGGUGAGGAGUAUAGGUGAGGAGUGUAUUCAAGAAGACGAGCUCUUCAAUCUUCUUGCCAAGAAAGACCAACCAAUCUCUUAUGACGGAUUUGAGCCGUCCGGCAGAAUGCAUAUUGCCCAGGGAGUAAUGAAGGCAGUUAAUGUAAACAAACUGACCGAUGCCGGUUGCAAAGUAAAAAUAUGGAUUGCAGAUUGGUUUGCACAGCUGAACAACAAAAUGGGGGGUGACUUAAAGAAGAUUCAAACAGUUGGCCGUUAUUUGAUUGAGAUUUGGAAAGCUGUUGGCAUGAAACUUGAGGAUGGUAAAGUGGAAUUCUUGUGGUCUUCUGAAGAAAUCAACUCCAGGGCAGCCGAGUACUGGCCUCUAGUUAUGGAUAUAGCUCGCAGGAAUAAGCUUCCUAGAAUUAUGAGGUGUUGUCAAAUUAUGGGCCGUAGUGAAACAGACGAGUUGGCAGCAAGCCAGAUAUUCUACCCUUGCAUGCAGUGUGCUGACAUAUUUUUCCUCAAGGCUGAUAUAUGUCAGUUGGGCAUGGAUCAAAGAAAAGUUAAUGUACUUGCAAGAGAGUACUGUGAUGACAUAAAGAGAAAAAACAAGCCCAUAAUCUUAUCCCAUCACAUGCUACCGGGAUUGCAGCAAGGGCAAGAAAAGAUGUCAAAAAGUGACCCAUCCUCUUCCAUCUACAUGGAAGAUGAGGAGGCAGAAGUCAAUGUGAAGAUAAAGAAAGCAUACUGUCCUCCAAUGAUCGUUGAAGGAAAUCCUUGUCUGGAGUAUAUAAAAUAUAUCAUCUUACCAUGGUUUCAUGAGUUUAGCGUGGAGCGUAGUGUAAAAAAUGGUGGAGACAAGACCUACAACAGCUAUGAAGAACUUGUUGCUGACUAUGAAAAGGGUGAAUUACAUCCUGCUGACCUGAAACAUGCUUUGUCCGGUGCUUUAAACAGGAUUCUGCAACCUGUACGUGAUCAUUUCAGCCACGAUGCUGGUGCUAAGGAUCUGUUGAAGCGGGUCAAGGGUUAUAGGGUAACCAGGUGAUUACAAGAAGAAUUGAUUUUCUUCCUUCACUAAUUUCUACUAAAAAAAUGUCUAUUAGUACAUACAUUUAGAUGUUAAAAGCAAAUUAAAUAGUGAAGGUUUUCCUUUGUUUAAGUGGUUCACUUUUCUUUUCUUAUAUCGAAAUGAACGUUGCUGAUGACACAUUAAGAUGCAAUGAAGAGAUGGUCACCAGGAUAAGCUUAGUUCAUGUUGCAGUGGUUUUGAAAUACGUCAUGUCAGAUUGUGAAAUUUGUAAGUGUCAUGUUUGGUUGUGACCUCUUGAUUGAAGUGCAAUAUAAAUAACAGUGAAUUUUAUUGCA